AUGAAACACAUGUGGCUAACCAACAAACGCGGCUCCCUCUCCAUCUGCAAUCUUCAUCGCCUUCACCGCCGACGUCUCCGGGCUUGGCUGUUGUCACGCCGUUUUCUUGGCCAGCUUUUGGAUGCUCGACAUCUCCCACACCUUCAUCCAAGGCCCAACCCGGGCCUCCUUAUCGACGUCUCAUACGGAAAAAAUGCCUCCGUCAUGCUCGAGACUAUUUGCCUUCUUCGGAAACGUGAUCGGCUAUGCCGCCGGAGCCGCCGACACAGGCACAGUCCCUUGGCGUGCCUUCCCCAGCACCGUCCACGAUCUCGGCCACCCACUCUCCGAUGCCGGCACAUUCUCCAUCCAGCAAGCAUCCCCGUCACAGCUUUCGUCGCGCUCUCACUCUUCAACCAUUUCUCCGGCAGUGCCAACGUCCUCUCCAGAGACAAGCGAGUCUCACAGCUUCCGUCUCUUUCUCUGGUACAGGUUCCGGCGGUAUCACUAAGUGUGCCUUCUCCGAGUCCAUCUCAGGUGACGACCCCUCCGCCUACCCCGACGAGUUUCCUGGAAGCGGAGGCUCCAGUUACGGUCACUCCGUCGGUCGGUGUUCUUCGAGUUCUGCAAAACCGUCAGGGUUACCGGAUGAGUUCCCAUCAACCGGUUGUAAAACAAGAAAACAAGAAACAGUCAUCGGGACCACAAGAAGAGGAGAUCGAUCGACCGGCCAACCAACCAAUGAAGAGCUCAUCAUCAUCGUCAGCAGCUGCAGAGGAAGUAGUAAUGGAGAUAGAGGCUCACAAGCCACAAGGGAAGGGUUUGGUUAUUGGAGGGCUUAGCCCUUUAAGCGAAAGCCUGUGGAAGGAGAGAACCGACACUGAAUUUGUGGGUGACGUGUCAGCCAGGCUGGCUUGGAAAGAUCUAACGGUAACUGUGACUCUCAGCAGCGGAGACACUCAGAAUGUUUUGGAGGGACUGAGUGGGUAUGCCGAGCCUGGAUCGUUUACCGCGCUCAUGGGCCCUUCCGGAUCAGGAAAAUCCACGCUGCUCGAUGCUCUUUCCGGACGCCUUGCUGCCAAUGCAUUCCUUUCAGGGGCCAUUCUGCUCAAUGGCCGCAAGGCCAACUUAUCGUUUGGGACAGCUGCCUAUGUAACACAAGAUGACAACUUGAUCGGCACCCUGACGGUUCGUGAAACAAUAUCAUACUCUGCCCGGCUGAGGCUUCCGGAUAGAAUGCCAUGGGCAGACAAACGGGCACUGGUCGAGAGCACAAUCAUCGAGAUGGGACUUCAAGAUUGUGCGGACACAGUCAUCGGGAAUUGGCACUUGCGCGGUGUGAGUGGUGGAGAAAAAAGACGUGUUAGCAUUGCUGUCGAGAUCCUGAUGAGACCAAGGUUACUUUUUCUUGAUGAGCCCACCAGCGGUCUAGACAGCGCAUCAGCAUUCUUUGUGACUCAGACAUUGCGUGGGCUGUCCAGAGACGGACGCACAGUCAUAGCCUCUAUUCACCAGCCCAGUAGUGAAGUUUUUGAGCUGUUCGAUCGAUUAUACUUACUUUCUGGUGGAAAAACUGUUUACUUUGGUCAAGCUUCCGAAGCAUAUGAGGCAACAAUUCUUCUCCACUUCUGUUUUCUUCCCACGCCUUUUCUUCUCAUGUCAACUUUUAACCUUACAUCUUUACGGAACCCCUCUGAUCAUUUCCUCCGCUGCAUUAACUCUGAUUUUGACAAGUUUGAGGCUACCGAUGAUCCUCUGGAAAAAGUAACCACGACAGAAGCUAUUCGGACGCUUGUUGACUCUUAUCGUGCUUCUCAGUAUUGUUAUUCAACAAAAGAAAGGAUUGAGGAGAUCUCCAAAAUUAAAGGAACUGUGCUAGAUUCUGGAGGGAGCCAAGCAAGUUUCUUCAUGCAGGCUAUUACCUUGACCGCACGCUCAUUUGUUAAUAUGUCAAGAGACUUUGGUUAUUACUGGCUGAGGCUUGUUAUCUACGUCGUGGUCACAAUUUGCAUUGGAACCAUUUACUUGAAUGUCGGAACAAGCUACAAUUCAAUCCUGGCAAGGGGUGCAUGUGCAUCUUUCGUCUUUGGUUUUGUGACUUUUAUGUCGAUUGGUGGAUUCCCUUCAUUUGUGGAAGAUAUGAAGGUUUUCCAAAGGGAAAGACUUAAUGGGCACUAUGGUGUGACUGCCUUUGUGAUCAGCAACACCUUGUCUGCAAUGCCAUUUCUGAUAUUAAUCACCUUCAUAUCCGGUACUGUGUGCUACUUCAUGGUUCGCUUACACCCAGGCUUGUCGCACUAUUUGUUCUUCGUAUUGUGCCUUUACGCGAGCGUCACUGUGGUAGAGAGCCUCAUGAUGGCUAUUGCCAGUGUUGUUCCUAAUUUCCUUAUGGGUAUCAUCAUUGGGGCUGGAAUCCAGGGUCAGUAUCAGAAUGAUCUAAUAGGCUUAGUCUUUGACAAUCAGUCGCCCGAUCUUCCAAAGAUUCCAGGAGAAUAUAUCCUAGAAAAUGUUUUCCAAAUUGAUAUGCAGAGAUCAAAAUGGCUGGACCUCAGCGUUCUGUUGAGCAUGAUUAUAAUCUACAGGAUCAUCUUCUUCAUCAUGAUCAAAGUUAAUGAGGAUGUCACCCCUUGGGUUCGUGGCUAUAUUGCAAGACGAAGAAUGCAACAGAAAAAUGCUAGCCAAAAUGCUACAGUCGCUCUUACCCAAUCACCUUCCCUGAGGAAUUAUGUCCAAAAUCGUGCUUCUGCUACUGGCAAGAGGUAGAUAGUUUUAUAAGAUGGUCAAUUUCCACUAUGUUGGCUGCAAUUGAUGGAACUUCAUACCAUGGCAAACUAUUAUAUCUUAUAUAUAUCCCUACAAUGGAGAAAUUAUUGGAUAAUUUGUUGACUAAAUUCUCAAAUUUUUUAUUGGAAUCUAGACAUAUGGAUUGUGUAAACCAUUACCUUCAAUUGAAAAAAUACAUAUUAAAUGCUAGUAGCUGGUAAAUUGUUAUAUUUUUAGAUCUUAGAUAGAGGGUUGAUAAUUUCAUUCCCCAUGUUCUACUACUGUAAGAUUAACUUACAUAAGUUACAUUGCAAAAACUUUCAGCCAACUGCACUUGGCUAACUAACGAGAUAAUCACCAACUGAUCAUGUUAGCAGUCCUAACAGACUCCCACAAAACUCCUAACCAGCCAAGGUGAAUGGAGAGGAAGCCUCAGGUUGUGGAAUCUAAUUUUUUUUUUCGCUUCUUUGAGCAGCUCAAGAGAUUUUUCAGGAUAAAAUUAAUAAUAUUUUGUAUUGGUCGUCUUAAUUUUCGUCUCAUACUAAAUUUUUACUAUCGAAAUUUGUUGUACACAUAAAAAUGGUAGUGUUGUAUGGCGAAAGAAAGUUUUUC